UAAGUUGGUUGCGGCUGCGAUGCGAAUUCUUUAGGGUCGGCAGACGGCGACGGCGACGGCGACGGUGACGAGGGCGAACUCCUCUUCCUCUGCGUCUUUCUCGACACGGAGACGAUUGUUUGAAGGAGAAGAUUUCCGGAUCUGUUCUUUUUUCGUUCUCGAGAUCUCAUAACGGUUAAGGGAAGCAUUUAGUAGGAGGAUCAUUAUGGCAUCAAGACGACAUGUACAAUACUCCCCUCUUUCUGCAGAUGACAUAGAUGAAGAUCAUGGAAUGCUGGGGGAAGGAGACCUUCGCUUUGCCUACAAUCCCAAGGCUCUCGAUAGAGUUCCAUGGAAGUCAAUUGCCCUAGCAAUAUUUCUUCUUGCUCUGGGGACACUUCUCCUUAUUCUAUCAUUCUUCAUUUUUACAGGCCAUAUGGAGGGUGAGCAAUCCCAAGCAUAUGGCCUCUUGAUGCUUGGUAUACUUGCAUUUCUUCCUGGUUUCUACGAGACUCGGAUCGCUUAUUACUCUUGGAAGGGUGCGCCAGGCUAUAGGUUUUCUUCCAUCCCGAGUUAGUCCUCCAAGCAUUUUAGGCUCGACUGUGGAUACUGGAUAUUGUUCUUAGCCAGUGAGUUACAACUUGUUCCACAGAUCCUUGUUUUGAGGAUGGCUAUUUUCUGCAAAAUGAAACUUUGUGUGUUGCUAUGCAAUUUCUAGUUGCAGCGAAA